AGAAGACUUGACUGGCUCUUGUCUUGUUGCCAGGAUCGCGAGAAGAGGAUAAAUGAACGAUUUCCUCGCUACCAGCUGUCAUUUUUGUAGCCUGUGUCGCCCAAAUUGUCCCAAGGGGACAAGCUCAAUCUGCCUCACGUUGCAGUUGGGAGUCUGCUGUCCAAUCUAUCUGUCUUACCCUCCGAUCCUCCCUCUUCCCCCUCCUGGUUCCUUCCCGAACCUCUUCCUCUCCUUAAUCCCUCUCUACUUGGAGUGAACCACCAUGGCAGCAGCAAAGCCCAAAGGACAGAACUCUCUGGCCCUCCACAAAGUGAUCAUGGUGGGCAGUGGUGGAGUGGGGAAGUCAGCCCUCACUCUGCAGUUCAUGUAUGACGAGUUUGUUGAGGACUAUGAACCAACCAAAGCGGACAGCUACAGGAAAAAGGUAGUUCUGGACGGGGAGGAGGUCCAGAUAGACAUCCUGGACACUGCAGGACAAGAGGACUAUGCUGCCAUCCGGGACAACUACUUCCGCAGUGGGGAGGGCUUCCUCUGUGUCUUCUCCAUCACUGAGGCAGAGUCGUUUGCAGCUACAGCAGACUUCAGGGAGCAGAUCUUGCGGGUGAAGGAGGAUGAGAGUGCACCCUUCCUCCUGGUGGGGAACAAGUCUGACUUGGAGGACCGGCGGCAGGUCAGCGCGGAAGAGGCCAAGGCGCGUGCUGAGCAGUGGGGCGUGUGCUACGUGGAGACCUCUGCCAAAACCCGUGCCAAUGUCGACAAGGUAUUCUUUGACUUGAUGAGAGAAAUCCGAGCGAGAAAGAUGGAGGACAGUAAAGAGAAAAACGGCAAGAAGAAAAGGAUAAGUUUGGCCAAGAGGAUUAGAGAGAGAUGCUGCAUUUUAUAGUGACAAGGGGGCCAGUGAUGACUGCUUUAUGUAUAUACAUAUUUCACCUAUUUUUGCAUUUGAUUUGUGCCCAUAGAAUCCCCUUACUCCUGGUUCUGGUACCCAGAUUCUGGUCUUGGAUCAGAAGUAACUGGUUGUUUGAACAAAAGGUGAGUGGUACUGACAGUGGCAACUGGUUCAUGGUCAGAUUUGGCAGUCCCAUAGGCCUUGUGUUGCUCAAUCGAUCCUUCAUGCUCUGACACUCCUCAAACCUGCAGCCUCUAGUUCUCCUGGACCACAACUGUGGGACCACAUGUUAGAGAUGGCACAGACUUAAUGUGGUAAGAACACCGGGCUUGGCUUCUCUUUGUAUGCUGAUAAAAUAUAUAUAUAUAUAUAUAUAUAUAUAUAUAUAUGAAUAUAACUUAAAUGUAAGCAUAUCCAACAAGACCAUGGUCAUAUUAUAUGACUGAGAUCUUGGACAGCCCCAAACCCAGAACAUUUUCCAAUUUCUGAGAGGGACCAUUUCCAAUUGACAUGAUUUGACACCGAUUAACCAGAUUGAAUGAGAGGACAAAAGCCUGCAUGCCUCCAGGGCCGGGUUUCCCAAGUUCGUUAGAAACUUCGUAGGAGCAUCAGUAAAUCUCAGAGCUGUUUCCCAAAACCAUCAUUACUAACUUGCAUUUGAAAACACUCGUAAUCUAACAACUGCUUCAGACCACUCGUAGAAUAGCUAAAGUGUGUCAGAUCUUUCACCCUCCCGCAUCACUUUGCACACUAUCUCAGUUAAACACAAAGUGUUUGUCUCUUUGACCGCUGUUAACUUCAUAGUUGAAUACAUAUAGUCUACAAAGUUUGCAACGCUACAAACAAGCGAAGCAAUGACAAAACAGGCUUAAAAUGAAAACCGAGAUGACUAUAUUGUAAGAUAGAUAUUAGACUACGUAUUUCAGUCAUAUUGAAAUCACUUUCUUGUUUAAUCAAUUGAGUUAUAUUUAGCUAAUUGUAGGCUACUGUAAGAUGUGCCAAAUCUGGUUUGGUGCAUUAUUAUAGGCUAAACUGCCUCAAUAUUUGCGGCCAUAGGUGAUCGUACUUUCUCUAGGAGCAUGUCCUUCAUAAGUAUUGUGUAUUCUUUCUAGGCCCAGGACUAGAUUUGAGUGGUAUUGAUUUUUAAGUCAUAGUUGGACAUUAAAUUAUUUUAAAAAUAAACCAAAACUCUAAAUCCAGGUAUACUGUUGAUGCGUACACUCAUUUAAGUUUUCAAAACUUCAAAAUUGUGUACAUAAGCACACUAACAAGCUUUGUUCUCCUCUGUUGUGAGGGGAAUCACUGUUUUAUUAUUUACACUCCCUUUCAUUAAUUCUUGGAGAGAAGACCAAUUCUUUGGGUUCUCGUUCAUUAUGGUAGAAUGGUGUGAAACGUUUUGAAAGUUUUUACCAGAACUUGUUCAGUAAAGUAAUUUACCUGUCCUUUACUUCAUUUACCUUUUCCAUUGGAAAAGUUAGGUCCUGUAAUUAAUGAGCAUGACCAGAAAUCACCUUCAUGUUCUCUCUCUUGGUUUCUAUAGCACCAAGUCCUUUUCAUUAUUGCUGCCUCAAACCCACUUGUUACAGACUGGGUGAACUGGAUUAUAUCUAAACAUGUACUAGAUCUUUGGUCUUAAAAGGCAACUGCACUUCCUAAUUUGGCAUUGUUUUAGACUUGGUUCAUUAAGAAAUGCUAGUGGCCAUGACUGAAUUCAAAUGUGAGUUGGUUCGUGGUCUGGUUUGAUUUGUGUGUUCGCAGAUGGGAACAGUUAGCCAAAUUAGUUAGCCAAUUAGCUUCAGCCAGCUGGUGUGCUACCGUGGCAAAGUUGGUUUGACUUUGGAUAGCCUAUCUCUGGGAAUAGUAGGGACCGUCAAUAAAUUACACAAUGUAAAUGGAAAAAUAUUUUCUCAUUAAUAGCAUUAAUAGUUGUCUCAUUAAAUGCUUUCAAUAUUUGUAUAUGAAUUUCUAAAAUUUUAUAUUUGGUUAGAGGUUUUAAAAUCAUUGAAAUUUUGAGAUAUUGACCUUUUAAAAAUAUUGACCUAUGUACAUUGUGUAAUUUACUGAUGGUCCCUAACUAGCCCCAUAGGCAUUAUGAUUGGGUAGUGUGCAGCUGUGGUCCGAAUUGAUGAUUUACUUGGGUGCUGCCAGCUGUGGGCAGGAUUAAAAUAAACCCAACCCACGGAAAACUGUUACGAUAGCCUUCAUUCCGUGACAUCAUUUUUAUUUAUUUUGUAUCAUCUCGCAAAUAUCCGUUUUGGACGAGACUGACUUUAUGACAAAUUAACCUAC